AUGCCGAGUAAAUGCAUCGCCCCGUUGAAAGCUCUGUACUCCUGCUAUAAUGAGCGUCUUAAGACUUGUGCUGGGGUAUCAGGUGAUGGUGGUGUCCGUCAAGGAUCUUCACUCUCUCCCUUUCUGUUCAACUUUAUCACAGAUGUACUUGUAGAGGUCCAUCUCUUGUCGUCUGACUUAACAAGGAUUGAUCUUGUCACAAAAAGCACCUUAGUAAAUCUUGAACACGCAGUUGACAUAG